AUGGUUGGGCGCAGUGUGGGCACGUACCUGCUUGCGGUGUGCGCUUUCAUCGGCGGUGUCUCGGCGUCGCCGGCAUCGUCGUCGCUCUCGUCGCUGCCGCUUGCAGCGCGAGCCCAGGCUGCUACCGCCGACGGCAGCGACAUCUUCCAGUCGUGCGUGCGCCGCUACAACACGUCGCGCAUGAACCCGCUUCCGCAAGCAGGAUACUUUAACCCCAACAAUGCCACCAACGGAAGCAUGCUCACCAUUUGGUUGGAUGGGACACCGGGUGAACCGAUCAAUGCCAUCAUUUCGGCCAACUCUUCCCCGGCUGUGCUGUGUCCCGAAGGAUUCCUGCGAUACGCCACUUCGAUCAACUUUGGCGUGUCAUGUUUGGGCAACACAAACGGUACGGAGCAAUACGCCAACCUGGGGGACGGAUUCGGCCUGCGCUCGCAAGGCAACUAUGGUGGAGGCAACGGGGUCUUACGCUGGAACUAUGGCGAUACGACGUUCGGUACAUGCAAGGAGUCGAUUGAGGGAGAUAAUCACUUGCGCUGGUUCCUUCAGAACGGCACCGAGGCGUUCAGUGGCGCGGUAUUCCUGGCGGUCUCAAUGGAGGAAUCAGCCGCUUUGGGGCAUAAGAUUCAGCUGGACGGGUAUAAUCGUGGCCGCGAUUACCUGGUGGGUAAUGCGACGAGGAAUGCGACUACCAGUUGGGGAGGGUAUACGUGGGAGACGAGGGUCGAGUGGAUAGAGGCAGGUGUGUUGUUGAAUGCUACGUCCGAGGGCGUCAAUCAUCCAGACGUGGCGCUGCCAGGUCAGCCUGUACAGGAUGGAAGAGUGGCACUCUUGACGGUCAAGCAGAUGCAACAGCCGUCUACCCGCGCAGCGUCGGGUGCGAGCACCACUCACAAAGUCGGAUGGUCGGCUCCAUUCCUUCUAGGCUUGAUCGCACUCGUCCUAUUCUAA